AUGCUGGGCUGGCGGUGGUUCGGGGGCGGGGUUGACCUACUUGUCACAGGAGCAGGGAACAGAGCAGAGCACACCUGGUUUCAAUCUACAAUCACCACCACUCCAGAAAAAGCCUGGUUCACCUCCACGCCCCUGCCAGAUGAUUCAGUUACCAAGCCACGCCUGUGUCCUUGCUACCAGCCUCCAGCCUGCAGCCUCCAGUCCCCAGCCACCGCCGCCCGCUACGCCACUUGGAGUGUUCCCCUGCCUCUCCUGCCUCUUGGGUCCACCUUGCUUAAUCCCCAACAGAAUCAUCUGGCAAUCAUGGACCCGGCGGAGACAGACAACAUCAAGCGAGCCCUCGCCGACCAGGGCGCUCUGGUGACCAAACAUGAAACCACUCUUCGGCAGGUUGUAAACAACUUGCAGCAAUUAGCCACAGGCAUCACAGACCUUGGAGGGAGGAUGGACGCCAUCACAGGUCAACUCACCGCUCUCGCCCAUGCUCCCCCUCCUCCACCUGCACCAGUCCCACCACCUGCCGUGGCUCCGAUGGUCGCACCCCGAGAACCCUUCAUCCCCACACCUGCCAGGGCUGGCGGUGGUUCGGGGGCGGGGUUGACCUACUUGUCACAGGAGCAGGGAACAGAGCAGAGCACACCUGGUUUCAAUCUACAAUCACCACCACUCCAGAAAAAGCCUGGUUCACCUCCACGCCCCUGCCAGAUGAUUCAGUUACCAAGCCACGCCUGUGUCCUUGCUACCAGCCUCCAGCCUGCAGCCUCCAGUCCCCAGCCACCGCCGCCCGCUACGCCACUUGGAGUGGUCCGUUUUUUGUUCCCUUUUGCCCCAGGAGGGAGUCCAGUCCGAUUCCCCUCUUCCAACUACUGCUAUUGUCCGGCAGCACCCUCCGUUUGCAAUAAACCUGUGUUUUGA